CAAAGAGCGUCAAACCACAUAUAAUUUCUCCUUCAAUAUUAAUCGCCAAUCUUCAUCGUUUCUAUCCACCCCUCAAUUCAGGUUCAAUCUUCACUCUUUUCCCCUUUAUUAAUCUCUUUUUCUGAUCACAAUAACAAAGGCUGUAUAUACCCCUGCUUUUAAUCUUCAAAUUCUCCUUAAUUCAACUCUUUUUUUACCUUUUCCUGUGCAUAUUCGUAGAUUUUUAAGCUGUUUUGUGUUGUAAUUUACCGUUUAAGGUUCUGGGUUUCGCUUUAAUUUGUGCCUUUUAUCGUUGUUAUUAAAUAAAGUUUAGAUCUUGAAUCAGGGUUCACAAGAUUAGUCUAUCAAAUUAGGGUUCUUGAUUCCCAAUAAUUGAAUUUGUUGUAAUUUAUCUGAAAAAAUGGUUGAAUCAAUUGGUGCAACAUCCCUAUUAGGGCACAACCUGAUUUUAGGGAAUUAUUUGAAAGAUUGUCGUCCGAAACGGGUUGCAAUGAGCCCGAACCCAUUGCUUAGGUUUCGGGCUUUUCGGCCGAUCAAAGCCCAAGCAAUGGAGUUGACUAAAGAGGUGCCUAAUUUUAGAGAAGAUAGGUUUCCGAAGAGUUCUAGCUAUGAAACCGAAACUAGCCCGGACCGAAAAGAUACACUAUGGCCGCCUAAUAACAAAGCUGACAACCCUUCGUUGCAUAACCCGUUGUUGAGACAAGAACGGAUGGGUUGCGGUUGGUUAGGUGCGAUAUUCGAAUGGGAAGGUGUUUUGAUAGAAGAUAGUACUGAUUACGAAAAGCAAUCGUGGCUUGUACUUUCGGAAGAAGAAGGUAAGUCCCCGCCACCUGCGUUUUUGCUUAGAAGAAUCGAAGGCAUGAAAAACGAGCAGGCGAUGUCGGAAGUUCUUUGUUGGUCAAGGGACCCGAGUCAGUUAAAACGGAUGUCGUUAAGGAAAGAACAGAUUUAUCAAGCGUUACAAGGUGGGAGAUACCGGUUUCGUGACGGGUCAAAAGAGUUUAUAAACGUUUUGACCCGUUACAACAUCCCCAUGGCUCUUGUGUCGACCCGUCCAAGAAACAAUCUUGAAGAAGCCGUAAGUGCAGUUGGGAUAAACGGUGUGUUUAAUGUCGUUGUGACUGCAGAAGAUGUUUAUAGAGGGAAACCGGACCCUGAAAUGUUCGCGUACGCAGCUCAGUUGUUGCAGUUUAUACCCGAACGGUGUAUUGUGUUUGGUAAUUCGAAUUUGAGUGUUGAAGCGGCUCACGAGGCUAAGAUGAAGUGUGUGGCUGUGGCUAGUAAGCAUCCGGUUUAUGAGCUGACUGCUGCGGAUUUGGUGGUGAGGUCGCUUGAUGAGCUGUCGGUUGUCGAUUUGAAGAAUCUCGCGGAUAUUGAAUCUGAGUUUGGUGCGGAACCCGAGGUGGAAAUGGAGUUGGAGGAAGAAGAUGAUGCAUACCCUUCUUCAAGGGUGGCUGUUGAUGAUCAUGAUUUCUGGUAGUUUGUUAUGGAUCUGUACAGUGAUUUUUAUGAUUGUAAUGUUGAUGUUAAUGGUGAAAUUGUUAUAGAUUAUAAACAUGGAAAGGGGACUCUGGAAAAUCAGAAGGGUUAUCUGCAUUAAAUUGCCAAUUGUAUGUGUUAAUAUAUAUGUAGUUUGUGUAUAGAAAUUUGAUUUUUCUUA